GAAGAGUUAUUUUAGUGCGAACUAAGAUGUGAAUAGAUAUCUAGUUAAAAGUCAAAUAGUUCAAUUUUCCAUAUCAGAGUGAUUCCUAGUUUUCCUUAUGGGUCCUUAUAACAAAACGAGAAGUAUCUCCAGAUCGCCUUCGCCUAAAAGUAAGUCCAGAAAAAAGUACAGACAUCACUCAAGAAGUAGAUCUAGAUCGCCUUUACCAAAAACAAACCGAAGCUCCUAUGAAGGCAAAAAUGAUAUUAGAUCAGAUCAUCGUAGAAAUCCUGAAGACAGAAAUAGACAUAGAUCCAGAGAUUUGGCUAGUAAAAGAUUCGAUGAAGAUGAUUUUAUGGAAUCACGUAGAAAGCAAAGAGAGAUAUUGGGUAUAAGGGAUUGUCCAGGUAUUUGGGGAAAGUCGCCAGACCGUGAAGAUUCUGCUUCUGAACAUGAAUUAAACAGUGAAAUACAUCACCAUACUAGUAAAAAACUUAAAAAAAAGAAACAGAAAAGCAAAAAGGAAAAAAAGUCAAAAAAAGAAAAGAAACACAAGAGGGAUAAAAAAGCAAAGAAACGAAAGAAGAAGGUUUCUAGCAGUGAGGACAUCAGUGAUUCUGAGGAAGAGGAGUGGGUUGAAAAACCUGUAGAAAUCAGAAAUGAUUCACAUUCUGAUAAUGAAGAUGGUGUCAUAGGUCCUUCACAAAAAUCUCACACUACUUUGACCCAUAAAGAAAUGGGCAAGGCACUACUACCUGGUGAAGGUGCAGCUAUGGCAGCUUAUGUUGCCGAAGGAAAACGUAUUCCCAGAAGAGGAGAAAUCGGCCUGACUUCUGAGGAGAUAGAAACGUAUGAGUCAGUAGGUUAUGUUAUGUCAGGUUCGCGGCACAGAAGAAUGGAGGCUGUGCGAAUUCGUAAAGAAAAUCAAAUCUAUUCCGCUGAUGAGAAACGUGCCUUGGCAAUGUUCAGCAAAGAAGAAAGGCAAAAGAGAGAAAAUCUCAUUUUGGGUCAGUUCAAGGAUAUGAUUAGUUCCAAAUUGGCUGAGAAGAAUAAGUAGAAAGGGUUCACUUCAGGAAAGGAGUAAGUGGAUAGUACUCAUUUAAUUUUGUUUCACAUUUUGUGAAUGACUCCUGGAGGAAGGAGGUGAUGAUCGGAAGAAAAUUCAAUGCUGUUCUUCUAUGUUGUGAAUGAUGAAAAGACAAGAAUACGACAGUUAUUUGAAUGUAGGGAACUUUAUCAAUUGAUUUAGCCUAUAGGCCAAAAAUAAACAACCAUGUUCUCAUUAUUAUAUCAUUGUGAAUUAUAUUGAUAUUUUAAAUUAAUAAUGAAGCCUUCAUUUUA